AUGCCGGGCGUACGGGUGUCCAUCGCGACGGGUAUAAUCGACUUCCACGUGUACAACAGAACUGUUGGACAGCGCACUGGUGUUCAUGUCUGGAACAGCUCAUACGUCGAUUUUGCUGCCUUGCACGCUGAUAGAGCGUGCGGCAACGGUACCAAGCUUAUCUACUACAUGUCUCCGGGCCAGGUGCUGAGCCGAGAGUUCACUUCCAAGGACACGCAUUCGGCAAGGGGUGAUCUAUUAGUGUCUUACACCGAGGUAAACAAACUGGAGACGAGCAACGCCCUUCGUGCCACAAUCUCGACGCUGAUUCUUGGCUUUAACGCCCCGUCGUUCACGUACGGAACGGAUCUGAUUUUACCGGCUGACACGAACGCGGAGCUAAGGAAGGUGCUCCUGUCUGCAUCUUCACCGCUUGCAGACGGUGCAGUGCGUUCGCCCCUGCCGUUGAAGAAUCAGGAAGCUCCACCAACCGAAGACAAUGAGGAAAAGGAGCAGACCCUUCUGCGGGACUACGUUGUGGCGACGGCCAGUAUCCAUCAGCUUCACACUAGGGUCUACGUUCCGGAGUGGACCCACCACCACUUCUUCGAGGAGAAGUCCAUUUGGGAUAUCCCACUCGUGAAACCUCACUUCAGCUGCGCGCUGGACAUAAAACCGUCGCUGCAAGGCUUGGACGUCGCCGAGAAGAUUCGCAAGUGGGUGGACAGUUUCCGCCAUGGCGCAAGAUGUGAGCGUGGGUUUGUAAAGAUGCACAAGAAGCACCUGAACACGAAGCCCAACUGGGAGUUCGGCCCGCUGAUGUCACCUGAUCCCACGGAAAACGAAAGGACAAAGCUCGAACGCAUGCCGAGCCUCAAGGGCUACAACAUCAGCGUGAUGUUCAGAACAUUUGUCGGAGACGCCGUCCUCUUCAAUGUCGCACUUCCCACGGUGUCCCGAUAUUUCCCAGAUGCCAAGGAAAUAGUGGUUGUCGUGGAAGAGUCGGAUGGAAAGCUGUUCGAGGAAAUUAUCAAGCCGCAUCAAAAGACGGCCCCUUUUGCCAUCCGCGUUGUCACCGAGCCCAACAUUAUGGACGGUCACAUCCAGCAGAAGUACUCCAAGGUCAACAACUGUCCGCGUGCUGGAGGAAGGGGACUUCCUUCGCGGUGGGGGAAGACGUUGUUCACGAGUUCAGCAUCUUCAACACACAUGUACCCUGCUAUUCGAGGAUUCAUGGAGCAACGGCACGGCAUGCCUUUCGAGGAAUUCAUGGCCAGUCGGAGAGGCAAAUGUAUGAGUGUGAAGACGCUAGCGACGUGGACACUUGAAGAGCAAACCCUUCUCCUGUCUGACUUCAAUCUCAUGGGCGCCUACCUGUGGUAUCAUAUGCACGACGAAAUGCAUUGGAUGGCCACCGACCCGUACGACAUGCAAGUGGACGAGUGGCGCAGGGACGUGACCAGAUACGCGUGGGUUUGCCAAGCAAACGGUCGACACGUGCCCGAGGACAAACCAGGCGAGGAGCAGUACAUCGACGGUUUGCUCAGCGUUUCUGACUUCAGUGAAUGUGUAAGCUUCAAACUGUUCUGGAAGCGAAACAUCAUGAAGAAUCCAGAGACACGCGAGCCCAAUCCUCCCCGGUUUCAAAAGGAAUACUGA